AUGGCGACUGGAGGAGUGGUCUACAAAGACCUACUUCCUAUCCCGGACACGGACCCUACAGUACACGAAGGAAAGACGACUACACUAACAGAUGCACCUACGGACAGCCAUGCGCUAGCUUUGAAUGCUGCAAGGGCAGCUGCUCCGGAAGAGAAGGGUGCAGCGCAGGUAGGCCAUGGGAGCGAAGUAGUGGACUUGGGAUGGAAUGAACCAAAAGAACUUGUUGCGAAGCCUUUGGUUGGCGGCUUGGGAAAUGAGGACUUGUGGCUACUGGUUCGACGUUUCAACAAGCAAAUGUACCAUGUGAAGGAGAUUCCUACCGCACCUCCUGGGGGGCUGGAUAUGAACAUUGCAGAUGAAGAGGAGUUCUCACCAGACAAGCUUCGCGCCAACAUCGAGCGUUUGUACAUGACUAUUGGCAUCGGUCUAAUGGGAUUCGGCAAGCACAUCGUUCGUAUUCGCUCAUGGCGGGAAACUCAACGGACUGCUUGGUUUUGCUCUGUAUACUUCGCGGCGUGGCUUCUCGACAUGAUAAUGCCACUACUUUCGGUUACUCUAGUCACUCUCAUUGUAUAUCCACCGGCUCGCGAAAUUAUGUUUCCUCCAGCACCCAUGGCGCUGGUCAGUUCCACUGGGGGUGUGCAGAAGCCCAAGUCUGGAACGCUGGGUAGUACAGACAGCGCUACCGGAGCCCCAGAGAACCACAAGGGAGAGGCUGUAGAACAAGAAGCGUCCAACUUUGUCAAUGGCUUUGCGUCAAUAGCAUUGUCGAGUGCCACUGGCAAGCAUCCCCAGGGUGAACCUCCGGAUGAGGACUCUCCUGACAGCAACGUACCGGACCCUACAAGACUCGCCAUUGGUGCUGCGGAUGCAAAAGACCAGGCAUCAGGCGUUAAGCCUACCAGGGACUAUGAUAAGACCAAAGUUCCGAUGGAGACUGCCAUGUGGACCAAGAUGAGGCCGAUCAUGCAUGGCUUUGCUGAGGUUACCGAUACGUGGGAACGCUUCGCAAAUAUGCUUGAACCGACUCCCCCAUUCCCGAAAAACAGGUUUCACUUCCGAGUUGCAGCGGUCGUUGCUCCUGUCGUCCUUGUAUCACUCUUUACCUCCUCAUAUAUGUUCAUGAAGGGGGUCACAUUCGGUGUUGGGUUCGGAUUCUUCGGUGACCCUAUCAUCCAGAGAGGCCUAUCACUUCUUAACAGGAAGUACCCUAACUGGCAAAAGUUGCUCGAGCUCCGAAACACGCUUCUCAAAGGCGUCCCUACCAACGCCCAACUCACCGUCACUCUCCUCCGUAUCGGCGAAGCAAACAAAGCUCCACUACCUCCACCACCCCAUAUUGCGGAGCCGCCUCCAGACAAACCAGUCGAUAUCAACGAAGAAGAGCUCCGUGCCACGGGCGCAGAUUGGCCUCUCAAUGCAACGCAAGAAGAGCUCGAUGCAGCCAUGGCACACGACUCAACUACAGCCCACGAAACAGGCGGCGAAGACAUCGACAAAGCCAAAGACAGCAAGCACGGUAAAAAGGGAACGAAGAUCCUAAAUUUCUUCCGCGGCACUGUAAAAGGCGGCGUAGAAACUACAAUGACAGCCGACAAAGUCAAAGCAGCUGCCGGCUCUACCCACGCAAAGAACAGACUAGGUGCCGUACCCCCUCGCGGAAUGGAUCUGACUUCCGGACCCGUCGAGUUCAAAGCGCGGUUCGAUGGCAAAAAGGGCCAUGUGUACAUCACCACCAAGGCCACUAUUCCCAGUAUCGCUUUCUCGACUGACAAGACAAUCGAAAAGAUUGGAAGUGUAGAUAGAGAGGACUUGCAUCCUUUGUGGAGUCUGCCCGUGGGCGAUAUCAUGGAGAUGAGGAAGGUGGGCGGGUUUGGGUGGAAGGCGAGGCUGGUGGUUGGGUGGGCGAUGGGUAGGGAGGUGGCGGAUGGCUUGGUGAUUACGGAUCGGAGGCUGAAUGAGUACCGGAUUACGGCGCUACCGUUGAGGGAUGAGCUGUUUAAUCGGCUUGUUGCUAUGGGUGGGCAGAAGUGGGAGUGCUGGUAG